CGUGCCGAAUGAACCCAAUUGAACUCCAGCCCCCACUAAGUGGAAAAAAAAAGGGGGGGGCUGUCUCCAAAUGCUCAAAAGUAUUGCAGCGAAUGUUGUACCUUUAUUUUAUCCAGGCAAAAGUAUUUUCACGAGCUCAUAUCUGCAAGACGGCACACCGCGACAUUUCCGUUCUCUGCAACAUUUACUGAACGUUGGAGGGGCAGGUGUGGUUAAAUUCUGUGCUAACUUAUGAUCUACGAUUUCACACAGCUUGAUUGUGUGUGUGGGGGGGAGGCUUUAUAAAGAAUUACGUUAAUGGGGCCAAAAUUCGAGGUAUGAAUAAUCUGAAAGUAAAAAUUUAAGCCGAUGUGCACGUAACCGAAGACAUCCUACAGCUCUCAUGGCUAGUUGCAUAUCGAUUGAACACACGUUUGAUGUGCAAGAUCACCAAUAGUGCACACAUGGAGACUUACUAAUUAUGUUCAAAACUAUCAUAUGUACCUUUAAAAUAAAAUAUUAAUUUCUAGAACAUAUUUCUCAUUUUUCUGAAUAUUGGUUUUCGAAACACCCCAUAAUAAUAUUGACAAUCCUUAUCAAAUGUAGCCAACAUAUUUAACAAUAUUCGGUUUACACUGCUCUGCUUAUAUAAAGAUUUAAAUGAAUAACUGUUCGACUCUACUCAUAUGUUUUGCAGCAUUCGGUAUAUUUCACUAUAAUCGCCGGAAAUAUGAUUCAUAUCGAUUGCCUUUACCACACUGGUUACAAAUUUCAAAUGAAAAUAAUAAAUAGUUGAUAUAGCUAUGGUGGUGAUCAUGCUGUGACGAAACUCAGGCUGAAUGUGCGUCUGAUGUGUUUCAUGAGGAGUGUUGUAUUGUUUAUACAUGAGAGAAUAUAGUGAGACUUUCCUCAUUGCAAAAUAAUUUAUGUAGACAUUACAGAUUGUUUUAGAAAUCAAUCUGCGCAUUGUGAGUUGAAAAUUAAUUAAUUUUAAAGUUACCCGAAUUUCCGGUGCGAGGUUAUUUCUCCGCUGGUUGGCAACCGGGUGGAGUCGAUUAAAGCAACAAGUGCCGAACUUGAAAUGGGGUGUGCUGUUAGCACAGCGGUGGAGAAGGAAGCUGCCGAAAGGUCUAAGAAAAUAGAUAAAGAUCUCCGAGCAGAUGGAGAAAGAGCUGCAAGAGAAGUUAAGCUUUUAUUAUUGGGAGCUGGAGAAUCUGGAAAAAGUACGAUAGUGAAGCAGAUGAAAAUCAUUCACGAGACUGGUUACUCCAAAGAAGAAUGUGAGCAGUAUCGUCCAGUAGUCUAUAGCAACACAAUUCAGAGCCUGAUGGCAAUAAUCAGAGCAAUGGGACAGUUGAGGAUUGAUUUUGCAGAGCCUGGCAGAGCAGACCAUGCCCGUCAGUUCUUCACAUUAGCAAGUGCAGCAGAAGAAGGAGAACUGACUCCAGAGCUGGUGAUGUUAAUGAAAAGGCUUUGGCAGGAUGCUGGAGUUCAGCUGUGCUUCAUUCGUUCCAGAGAGUAUCAAUUGAAUGAUUCGGCUGCAUAUUACUUGAAUGCACUGGACAGAAUCUCACUACCAAACUACAUUCCCACACAGCAGGAUGUCCUGAGGACAAGAGUGAAAACCACAGGCAUAGUUGAGACUCACUUCACCUUUAAGGGUUUACACUUCAAGAUGUUUGAUGUUGGAGGUCAGAGGUCAGAAAGGAAGAAAUGGAUUCACUGUUUUGAAGGUGUGACAGCAAUCAUAUUCUGUGUGGCACUGUCAGGUUAUGACUUAGUUUUGGCAGAAGAUGAGGAAAUGAAUCGGAUGGUUGAAUCUAUGAAGCUGUUUGAUUCCAUCUGUAAUAGCAAAUGGUUUGUCGAAACAUCAAUAAUCCUGUUUCUGAAUAAAAAGGAUCUGUUUGAGGAGAAAAUAACAAAAAGUCCUUUGACUAUUUGCUUUCCUGAAUAUACAGGUUCUAAUACAUAUGAAGAAGCCGCAGCAUAUAUCCAGUUGAAGUUUGAGAAUCUUAACAAACGGAAGGAUCAGAAAGAGAUCUACACUCACUUCACGUGUGCUACAGACACUAACAACAUCCAGUUCGUGUUUGAUGCAGUCACAGAUGUCAUUAUCAAGAACAACCUCAAGGACUGUGGUCUGUUCUGAUGGAAUGUACUUGCAUUUUGCUGGUUCUGAUGAGUAUAUCAUACAAAUGUGGUAGCAAUAAAUUUGGUUUCGAUUGUUGCAUGCAUAGUGCCUGCUACCUGUUACAGGGAUUCUCAACUGUGCUGUGAGGUAAGAUCCAGUAUGGCUGAUAAUGUUGCUGCUUUUAAACACAGACAUUUACUGGUACGGACCUUGCAGCUAGUGCCUGGAUGAACAAAGAUUAGUCAAAGCCUAAAUUAAUUUUAUUUGCAAAGAAAUUUUGGCUUCUGUAUGAAGUAAUGGAAGUGUAUUACAUGAACUUCAUUGUUUAUUACAGUGUAGCAUUUCAUGUGCAAAGGCCAUGAUUGUAUUUUUCGUUAUUUUUGCUAUUUGUAUAGUAUGAUGGCAUUCCAGUGAAAACAAAGCCUUGCUGUUGGUCAUUUGUGAGCUGUGAUGAUGUGGUAGUGUGAGUCCAUCCAAUUUUACAUUUAUUAGGAAUGGACAUUCAGUGUUUUGCCUCUUUGACUUUGGAUAGUGAUAAUAGUUUUUAUGACAGAGAAUUUAAUGGUUUACUUUUGAACAGGUUAGUAAUUGAGUGUGACUUGAAAGUUUAGCUUAUUAUUAUGCAUUUUGCCUUCUCAUGAUUUGAAGUAUAAUCAAUAUAAUUGUAGACUGAAGGUACAUAUUUUCAGGGUAAAGUUGCUUGUAAGUUGUCUGUAAUCUUGACUUUAUCCAGUUAAUGUUGUCUAUACCUGUGUUUCUCAAACACCAGGCCACGGCCUGGUACCGGGCCUUGGCAUCAAUUAUACUGGGCCCUCGUCUUAUAAAGAAUUUACUGGGCUGUGGUCUCACAAAGGUUGAGAACCACUGCUGUGUACUCAUCAGAAUCAUCAUAUAGUGACAGAAGGAAACAGCACAACAGACUGGUACCCUUGUAAUUGUAGUACAUAUUUGGGAAUAAUAUAUAUUUUGUAAAAGUGUAUUUUUUAUUAUAAAUAAUUUAUACUAACGCUUAUUGAGAACAAUCCUGAAUUAAAUGCUGUUUUGUAAGUUUAGUAUAUAAGAUUUUAUAAUAAUAGAAAAUGUUGUAUUACUUAGGUUAACAUAUUUUGACUUACUGAACCAAGAAUUCAUAAGACAUAUCCAUCAGAGUGGAGACUAUUAAGUACUUGUAAUUACUUUUCCAUUUCAUGGUUAACACUUUAUUUCUCUGUGUGAGGCCUUUAAAUUUUUGCAAAAUAAGCAUAAAUUGACUAAUUUUUACCAGGGUAAGAGAUUGCAUUUUGUUUGAAUACAUACAGUUUCCGUUCAUAUAUAAACUAAAACUUUUUUGUUUGCAGAAUAAUACCAGGAGAGUUAAUAGUCAUUUUCACAAGUAAUUGAUUAUAUUCAAAUUUCAGACACACUGAAAUACAUAUUUCAUAUUUCUGAGGGGCAUCAGAUUUAAAUACUGAGCUGAGAAAGUUUAUAUUGCAAUUUUGGUAUUGCAAAAACUAAGUGAGAUGAAGAUAAAGUUACACCUGUGCCUGUGUUAGACACAAGCAGGUGUUACACUCCAGCCUGCUAGGAAUGAGGUAUUGCCUCAGACUAUGUGAGGAUUGUGCUGUGAUCUGGAAAAUCUGUUUUUCUAUGAAGGAGAGUGAAGUAAUUAAAUGAUUUGGUGUGGGAGAGAAACAAGGUUGUGUUGUUCUUGGUUCUGGUACAACUAGGUUUCAUUAACACGGAGCUGGUCAUGAUAUGGUGAUCACUGAACAUGAGCUUGGAGACUAUGAUAUUUUGUUCUUAUGUAACAGUGGAUAACUUAAAGUGCCAGCAUAUGACAGAGUAGCACUUGGAUAUAAAUAACAACAUGUGUGAUUAAUUAUUUUUUCAGGCUGGUGAAUAUUUAUUGCAGUAUAGCUUACAAAUAUAGUUAAGUCUUCAUUGCAGACAUGUAGGUACUAUUUGUUUGAAAUCAGUGUUAUGUUCAGUCUGUUGAUUUGGUUUCCCCAUCCAUCUUCAUAUGGUACCUAAUUUGGUAAUUAUAAAGUUGAUUUUUGUGAAAACUAUAAAUAACCAAAUUGAAACUUUGGCUCUGCUAUCAGGCAUCAUGUCACCAUAUUUUCUAUCACUUUGUUUCAAUAUUGGUACCACUACUUUACAGGAAUCAUCAGUGUUUCUUUCUGAGGCACUUCUUUUAUCACCGGCUCCAAGUUCAUCAGUUGUCUCACAUUUUACAAAAGCUGCGGUGUCCUGGUCACUAAGAUACUGCAUACCAGAGCUUUUGCAUUUAUCUCAGACCAAGCCACCAGGUCAUCUGCUUCUAAAUUACUGCCAGAGACAUCACAUGCAGCUUGAAUGUCCUGUUAAGGAUGUGGAAUUCAUUUUGUCUCAUCUACUAUGACAUCAUCUUUUCCAGAACACUUCUCAUAACAGUUUGCAAUAGUGGUUGGCAUGAUUUUUCCCUGGACUAGAUCAACCCCAUAUGUGACAUCCUUUAGUGUUCGUGUCUUCAGAAAUUUCCAAAUUGGCAGAGCUGCAACUCCACCAAGUAGCUCACCACAGUCAUAGGCUUUGAAGACUCAGAUGAUGUCUUGAUCCAUUGGCUGAAUGAAUGUAGCUCUAUUUGACAGAAACAAACCUUUGAUCUUUCCGUGUUUUUAUUUUAGGACAUCAGUUGAUGGAUCGGAUGGAGUGGUCCAACAGUAGCUAGACUCUACCCUUUGUGCUUGCUCACUGCAGCAAAGAAUGUUGCAGUACAGUCUUGUACUGUAACCAGAGCAGUUCAUAAAAAUUUGUGUGACAUAAAACGUGUGUAAUAGUAUGGGGGAACAUGAUCAAAAUCUUGGUGUAAUGAAGGCAUACUGUGGUUAGUAAUUUUUAACCAACAAAAUUAUGGUAGUUUAUAAUUUUUAGUCAGCAUAUGCAGAUAACAAUCUGUUGAGAGACUGCAGUGCUCUGAAAUUUGCAUACAAGAAACAUGUGGUUUGUGUGCUACAGUCUUCUCUGAGACCCGACAGUGGUUAUGUAUUGGGAAUGAAGUUUUUAGAUUUAUUGUUUGUAAGUUGGCUCCUUGCAUUUGGAGACUAAAGAUUAACUAAGGCACAACAUGGCCAUCUGCACAACAAUUUGUUGAUAAAAUUAAGGAAUAUUAAAUAUUGACCUUCUAUUUUUGUUUGAUUUUAUCAAUUUUAUUAACAAAUUGUCAUGUAGGCAACCACUUUGAACCUUGAUUCCAUAGCGCAACUGGAUCCAUAAAGUAAACAUAAGAUUAGCAGAUAUUCAUUAGGUGUUAUUUGAAGUUAAAGAAAACCAUUUGUUACUACCUUUUUAUAUAGAUAAGGUAUCUCCACUCUGGCUGGAUGAAUUUUUAUGAAAGUUUUCAACAUAUACUAAACUGUGUGGACUAAAUAUAAAUGUUGUCAAUAUUAGCAGAUUUGGAGUACUCUUUACAAGAUUUUCUGUUUAUGAAUUUUUAUGAAACUUUUACUAAAAUCUAAGUGUAAAAUAAUCAGUGCUCCAAUUAGCUUUAGGUUCAGUGUUUAAAAGAAAAAUAUUUUUUGUAUACUAUUUUGAAAACACACUGGAGAGAAUGUGUAGAGUGUGAUAUAUUAAAUUUGCCCUCUAGACUUCCUAGGCCUCCCUAGUGACAUUAGUUUGAGGAAUGCCUGAUUUGUAUGUUUAGAUGAGAGUGCUCAGGUCAUAAAUCCAUAUUCUGAAAUAAUGACCUGUUGAUGCUACCAUACACAGGAUCUUAUUUUUAAGGAACUGUAAGAAAUGCACACACAGACACAUUUAUAUAGCAAGGUGUGUGAACAGACCUUACAAUUGACACAAAUAUUACCCUUAUUCAGAAUAUUUCUCUUAUACAAAUAUUUAGAACAGCUUAUCAAAUGUGACCAGUAGUGAUUUGGGCGUAAAAUGUGGGAUUUGUGCAUAAUAGCUGAUGUGAUUCAGAAACUGGAAAAGGAAAUUGGCCUUUAUCGUUCAGGAAUAGUGGAUUUAAAAAAAGCUGGGCCAUAUGCACAGUCACAGUGGUGCAGUGCAUGACUGACAUAGGUUAAUUUAGUGCAAUAAAGAGUGUAUUUUUGAACAGUUAUGGACAGCUGAGGCUUCCAUACUGUGAAAAAACAUGUGUACUGAGUAAUUUGACCAGACUAGACCAGAUUCAGAAAGUUAAAUAGUAUCAAACUUGUCAGGUCUGUACCCAACCUGUGAAGGACUGUUUCGUCUGAUAAAGGGAACAGCAAGUGAUGUUGUUUGAUGUGAGGCUGUCAUGGUAGUGACAAUGAAGAGUGCUGUCUUCUGGAAUGUGAUGCCUUGUAGUCUUACAGAAGUUUGUCAACAUUUCUCAGAAAUGUUAGCAAACUUCUGUUGUACUGCACAAUGUCACAUCCCAGGAAAUAAUACUUUUCAAGUGAUGUCAGAAUAAUAACAAAUAUUAUUUUCUCUACAACUGUAGUUCUUUCAUGAAUAUUUUUGUAAAUAUAACAUUUUUGUAUAAUGCGGGGUUUACAGUGACUGUGAAGGAGAAAAUUACAAAGGCUUUGAUAGGAGGCAGAAUUUCUACACAUACAGUGAUGAGAGGUAUUGUCACUGUUAAGUAUGUUAUCCUAAACAUUUGGUCUCUGUAAAUUAAAUUCUGAAAUUGCUUUUAA